AUGUCUCAACAGUACCCAUUUACGGUUGAUGAUGAAAAGCUCGAUUACAUAGAGUCUCAACCUCCAAGCGAUGUAGAAGACUUUGCUGAAGAACAGUGCUCGGAUGACAACCACAGCGAUCUUGCCUAUUACAACAACGACGGCAGCAACCAUGGCAGCACCAACUCACCCACGAAUAAAAUCAACGACGAAAAACGCCACAGUAACAGCGCUAACAGCGGAUAUCAUCACAACAGAGAUUCGUCCAUUGCAGAGUCAUAUCAUGGUCGCUUCCCAUUCUAUCACCGCAACAAAACGAACUUUCAUCACCUGUUGGCUUUUUUGGUCUGUACUGGUCUCUUCAUCCCUGCUGUUGUGAUCCACAAGGAAGGAAACGUGCUCGUCCUUUCCCUUCUCUAUGGCGCUAUUGUCUGGUGGCUGUUUGUGCAACACCUACCCAAAGGAACUAUUGCAAGACCCGUUGGAGCUGUUUGGAACGCCGGAGCCGAUUUGCUGAGCAGGUUGCCUGUCUGGCUAGUACGAGCUGUUGGAUAUGGCGUUCCUCCCUUGGCCUUGAUACUUACAGCCGCCUUGCGUCCUGACGACUCUCACGGAACUCGAGUCCAGCGCUUGAUUAGUUGUCUUGGACUCGUCGUCCUUCUCAGCAUCACAAUCUUGUGCUCCAAGAAUCGCAGUGCCAUCUCGUGGAAAAUUGUGUGGACGGGGAUCUUUAUGCAGUACAUCCUUGGUCUGCUCAUUAUCCGCUGGUCAGUCGGCUACAAUGUCUUCCAGUUUAUUUCCCAACAAGCAGAAAACUUUCUCGGAUAUGCCGGCCAGGGCCGUGAGUUCAUCUUUGGCCCCAACUAUCUCACCUUUGAAGGCGCACAAAUCCCAUUUGAGAGCUCCUUUGCGGUCUCGGUCCUGCCAGCCAUCAUCCUCUUUGCCGCCGUGAUCCAGUGCCUUUAUUUCUACAACAUUGUCCAGUCUGUCGUUGCCGGUAUGGCCAAGCUCGUUAUUCACAUUAUCGAUAUCUCGGGAGUUGAGUGUGUUGCCGCCUGUGCCGCUCCCUUUGUCGGAAUGUCGGAGGCUGCGAUGCUGGUCGGCCCGUUUGUCUCUCAAAUGACUGAGGCCGAGUUGCACCAGGUCUUGACUUCUGGUUUCGCAACCAUCUCAGGAUCGGUGUUCCUGGGCCUUUUGACGUUUGGUGCCGAUGCCACGGCAUUAUUGACGUGCUGUAUGAUGUCUGUUCCCUGUGCCAUUGUGAUAUCCAAGAUCCGUUUCCCUGAGGAGGAGGUUCCUUUGACAAAGGGAACCGCCGUCGCCCCAGCCUACAAGGAUCGCGAGUCGAACGCCAUUCACGCCAUCUCGAACGGCGCCAUCUUUGGUAUCAAGUUGUGUAUUGUUAUUAUUGCUGUAUUGUUGGCAGUCAUCUCGUUGCUGGGUCUUGCCAAUGGUUUCCUGGGCUGGAUCUUUCACUUUUACGGGGUGGAGAUUUCGAUCCAAAAGAUUGCAUCCUGGGUGCUCUAUCCCCUGGCUUGGUUGAUCGGGAUCCCCUCUCAAGAUCUGAUGGUGUCUGCCGAAGCCAUGGGCAUCAAGUUCAUCCUGAACGAAUUUGCAGCUUUUGCAUCGUUUACCCAGAUUCAGGACACGGUGCACCCUCGAACAAAGCUGCUGACAACCUAUGCGAUGGCGUCCUUUGCCAACAUCGGAAGUAUCGGAACCCAGAUCUCGUUAUUCUUGACCCUGGCCCCAGACCGUGCCGAUGCCAUCGCCAGAUUGUCGUUCUCUGCCUGUAUGUCCGGUGCAGUGUCAACUCUUAUCUCUGCCUGCAUUGCCGGCAUUGUCUCUUGA